UGGUUAGUGGUCAUACUGAGAAGACACCAUUUUUUGGGGAACUCCUAGGCGAGUAUAUAAACACAGUCCGAGUCCGGCCGUUUAGUCUCGAUUUGACUUGCAAAAAAAGCUGACAAUACGAAUCAUGAUCGGAAUAGUGCUGCUGAUCACGGCUGCCACCCUGCUGUAUGUGUACCUUAAGUGGACAUUCAGCUAUUGGGACCGUAAGGGCUUUCCCUCGGCGGGUGUUAACAUUCCCUUCGGUGUUCUUGACUCCGUACGGCGGAAAAAACAUUCCCCUGGCAUGGCCAUCUGCGACCUGUACAACUCCACAAAGGGACCGGUUGUUGGCACUUAUCUCUCCGUGAGACCCGCUCUGAUGGUCCGUGAUGCACAGCUGGCCCACGAUAUGCUCGUCAAGGACUUUGCCAGCUUCCACGAUCGCGGAGUCUACGUGGACGAGAAGAAUGAUCCCAUGUCGGCGGGAUUAUUCCAUAUGGAGGGAGCCGGGUGGAAGAGCCUGCGGGCCAAGCUGACGCCCUCAUUUACCUCUGGCAAACUAAAGGCCAUGUUUGAGACCUCCAAUGCUGUGGGAGACAAGUUACUAGCGUACUUGAGGAAAGAAUGUGAGCAGUCCGGGGGCAAGGAAUUGGACAUGAAGAGCGUCAUGACAACUUACGCGAUUGAUAUAGUUGCCUCGACUAUUUUUGGCCUGGAGGUAGACAGUUUUGCAGAUCCCCAAAACGAAUUUAUUGAAAUUAGCAGAAAGCUAAAUCGGAACACCUUGUCGGAUAUUGUUCGCAUCAACGCCCUAUUACUUUUUCCUGCAAUAGAGAAGUUCUUCGUGCGAAGCGGAUGGAAACAAGAGGGCAUUGAAAUGAUGCGACAACUAACCCACAGGGUCGUGGAUCUCAGGGAAAAGAACAACAUUGUUCGCAAAGACUUACUGCAACUUUUGCUCCAGUUGCGAAAUCAGGGAAAAAUCAACACGGAUGAUUCCGUUUGGUCAUCGGAGAGCUCCAAAGAUGGUUUUAAAUCGAUGUCCAAAGACCUGAUUGCUGGCCAGAUGUUCGUCUUCUACGGCGCUGGUCACGAAACCACUGCCUACAGCAUUUCCUUUACACUCUACGAGCUCACACAAAACCCGGAGGUGUUGGCCAAGGCACAGGAGGAUGUGCUCCAGGCCAUUGAGCAGCACGGUGGUCUGAACUACGAUGCCCUUUCAGCAAUGAAGUACUUGGAUGCCUGUGUGAUGGAAUCCACCCGGAAAUAUCCCGCUCUGGCCGUCAUGAACCGAGUCUGCACCCAGGACUUUCCAGUUCCGGAUAGCAAUCUGGUUAUCAAGAAGGGCACACCAAUACUGAUACCCCUUAUGGGAUUGCAUCGGGAUGCCAAGCAUUUCCCCGAUCCUCUCAGUUAUCAGCCGGAACGCUUUUUGGAGGGCAACAAGAACUUCAAUCCGGCUGCGUAUAUGGGAUUUGGCGACGGACCCCGCCAUUGCAUAGGAGCCCGCAUGGGAAAGCUGAAUGCGAAGUUAGCGUUAGCCAAGGUUCUUUCCAAUUUCGACCUGGAAGUCAGAAAGGAGAAGCAGGAGAUUGAGUAUGGAGUGCACGGAAUGAUCCCGCAGCCCAAAGGGGGAGUGCCCGUGCGCCUUUCGCCCAAGAAUUAGCCUUAAAACUGUACUUAUAUAUUACCAAAUAAAGAGCAUUAC